AUGAGCCACUUGCCCAGCCAUACAUCGUCGGCUUCAGCUAGAGUUCCGUCUAUCAUACGGCGCAAGCCUAUACCGACAGAAUCCGAGACUGCUUCCAACACAAGUACACGAGAUAACCGCGGCCAAUACGCAGCCGUCAGUGCCGAAGAUGGCGACGACUGUACCGGGUCGGCUAAGAAGGUUGGCAGUAGUCAACCAAGAGCAGACAACCAGUUCGCCCUAUGGAAUGGGAGGUAUUGUCUCUGA